AUGACCAAAGUGCCCGUCGUGGCGAUCGUAGCGUGUCUGGUGCCCGAGAUGGGCAUCGGGUUCCAGGGCUCGCUGCCCUGGAGGCUCUCGCAGGAGAUGAAGUACUUCCGGGACGUCACCUCGACCACCAGGGACCCGACCAAGCGCAACGCCGUGAUCAUGGGCCGCAAGACGUGGGAAUCGAUCCCGCCCCGGUUCCGCCCGCUGCCGAACCGCAUCAACAUGGUCGUUUCGCGCCAGUACCCGUGCCAGCUCUCGCCGCACGACCAGCCGUAUCGCUGCAACUCGCUGGCCGCUGCCGUCCACGAGCUGCAGUCCCGACUCGGCGACACCCUCGAGCGCAUCUUCAUCGUCGGCGGAGCCGACGUCUACAGCCAGAGCUUCGACCUCGCCGACCACUGGCUCAUCACCAAGAUCCGUCCCGCGCCAGGCACCCAGGUCCCGGAGCUCGACACGUUCCUGGACGCCAGCCAGAUGGCAGCCCGCCUGCAAGAGUGUUCCACCCAGGAACUGUCCGAUUUUCUGCCCGCAGCGGUCGCUGUGCAGGCCCAAGAGAGCGCUCCGCUCCAAGAGAAGGGCUACCAGUUCUGGUUCACACUUUAUAGAAGGCUCAACUAG